CAAGUCAAAUGAAACGUUGAGGCGCAUUUUAGUCGGCAAAAUGUGAAUUCAUAUAGGAAAUUCACUUUCAGCUUUUCAUACGUCGGGCACACGAGAUGUCUGUAGUUUUGUAAGAAGCGUCUUCAUACCUGCCAGGAUGGAUCUUGGUAAGGUAAAGCUGCUGAGGACAGGCAUCAACAAUCUACACCAAGCCAUCCACCCUGUGCAUGGUUUAGCAUGGACAGACGGUAAGCAGGUCUGCCUGACAGCGCUCUGCUUCAACAAUGGUGAGGUGAAUUUCGGGGACACCAAUGUUAUCGGACAGUUUGAACAUGUCUUCGGGCUUUUCUGGGGCCCUCUUUGCUGCUGUGACUCCCCCGCCUUGCUGGCCGUUCAGCACAAGAAACAUGUUACUGUGUGGCAACUGCAGCUCAGCGCCCUUGAACAGAGCAAGCUGCUGUGCACUCAGACCUGUGAGAUGAGUGAGCCUUUCCCUUUGCUCCCCCAAGGCUGCAUGUGGCAUCCUAAGCUGGACAUUCUGGCUGUACUGACCAAGAAGGACACCUCUGUGCUGUUUUCUGUCAGAGUGGACAACAGGAGAGUCAAAGCAGAUAUCAAAGGUAGUGGGCUCAUCCACUGUGCAUGCUGGACUAAGGAUGGCACACGCCUGGUGGUGGCUAUAGGCAGUGCUCUUCACUCUUACAUCUGGAAUGACAUCCAGAAGAAUCUGGUGCCCUGCUCCUUCUGCCCCAUCUUUGAUGUGGGAGGCUAUAUCUGUGCCAUCAACACUACAGGAGAGUCUCAAGUAGCUGUGGCCACAGAACUACCUCUAGAUAAAAUCUGUGGGUUAAAUGCAGGCCUAACCUUUGACAUGCCAACAGAGACAGAGCCCCUGCAAGGCCAAAAGUCACAUGUGGUCACAUCAGAUGACGACAGCCUUCUAGACUCAAGAAGAAGAUCAUUUGAAUCUGAGAAGUCCUGCGUACCCAGUUCAGGCCCUCUAGAUCUCACCCACCUCCUGGCAAGGCACCGCCGCUCUGACCCCAGCCCACUUAUUCACCUUCAUCGCCGAGACACUUUGACAGGCUCUGGACAGGACUCCUCACACCUAAUCUUGGUCACCUAUGAGCGUAAAGUCACUACCACCCGCAAAGUUAGCAUCCCUGGGAUUUUGGUUCCUGACAUUGUUGCGUUUGAUUCACGUGGCUCCACGGUUGCAGUGGCUUCCAACACAUGCAACAUGGUGCUUGUAUAUUGCAUCACAGCCUCCACAAUGCCGAACAUUCAGCAGAUCUCUCUACAGACAAAUGAGAGGCCUAAAGGAGUCUGUUUCCUCAGUGACAAGAUGCUGCUGCUGAUGGUGGGAAAGCAGAAGUCCAGCGAUCCGGCCUUCCUCCCAUCUUCUAACACAGAUAAAUAUAUUCUUCAUCUAAUAACCAAAGAGUUGGUGUACAAUGGAGAGGCUCCUCUUACACCACUUGCCUCUGCUCACAGUCAUGAGGUUACUUCUAAUUUCUACACAGGGAUUAGAAGGUACUCAGAGCACUUGUCUAAGGAUGACAGGGAGCGCCCAGGGAUAAAGGACUUGGUGUUGCCUGGAGGGGGAGUAGUAUUUUCACCAGGCAACAGGCGAAGGCUGGUAGAGGAGGUGAGGAUAGGCGAACCCAGCCCUGUUGCCAGCUCUGUGGACUUCUCCGACCGAGUAUCAGACAGAGCCUUCUCCAGUUCCUCCUCUGUCACAGUGGAGAAUUUCGACAUGGACCACAUCAGCCGCAUGGCCUGCCUGGCUGUGGCUGGCCAAGCUAGCAGAGACUCCAGCCGAGCGAACUCUCCUCACGUAGAACUGCUGGACAAGCUUCACACCGAGCCGAUGCCACCCAUGCCUGAAAAAUCAUCAGGCCCUGCCAGGGAGCGCAUGCUGGAGCAGCUUGUCCGUAACAUGGAGAGGCUUUUUACACGCUUUGCAGAUGUACAGCAGUGCCUGACAGAAAUCAGAGAUUAUACCCAGAAUGGCAAGAAGGCCCUGAGCAUCUACCCCAGUGCCCGUGAGCCCCCCUAUGUCAGUGUCACAUAUCAGAAGCAGUUAUCAGAGAACGUGUUCAUUAAUGAGCGGAGGCCAGUGCUGCUGUGUGAUGGGAAGCUGUGUCUCCGUGUCCUCCAAGACCUCUUUGGCCUCACUAUUGUGGAGAUGAUGUCCACUGUGGAUCGUACUUGUGGCAGAUGCAGAUGGCUUUGUACCUCUGACGUUCAGGCCCAAAGAGGAGCUCACGGUGCGCAACGGGAAGCGGAAAACUACCCUGCAGCCUCCUGGGAGCCCAGAGAACUCCUGCCCAUCCAGUCCCGCCCCCAGCCAAAACCCCAACACAGCCACAGAGACUUCAACAUAAUGCCUCUCAACAAACACCCUAGUUUAUGGACACAGUGGACACUGCACCUGAAAACAGUAAGGGCUGCCUAUUCAUAUGUGAUACUGAUGCUGAGAUGGCACUCACCUCAGUAUAUAUUAGACAUGUUUUCUUAUUUAAUCAGAUUGUCCAGAUGUAUAUUGUUUAGAUAUCCUCAUGCAAGAACCUUGGGCUGAAGUUGUUAGGUCCACUGCCUGCACUCCCUCGAUUUCUUGAGCAGGCAGGGAGAACAAGGGGCAGGACAUGUCGAGAGACGAGCCGUACAGCUGCGUUCAAUCAGCUGAUUCAGUCGGCCACUACUGUACCGGAUUGCCUGCGUUCACUGAUCACCUGUCUGUUCCGUGACUUUCCUGAACACUAUGUGGCCAAUGAGCUCUCAGUAUAACCUAUAAGGCCAUUGUCUGUAACAGCAGUGUGAUUUAAAUGUUUUCUGUUCCAUUUGUUAUUACAAGAGAGCUGCAGAAACCACUAGAAUUAUGAAGGUGUACACAUUUCUGGCUCUAUCUAUAUAAAAAUCUGGAUUUGAUCUUUUUUUGUUGAUUAGUUCCACUCUGAUAUAAGUUUAACAAUCAUAAGGUGUUAUUCAUAUAAAAUAUGUUUCACUGAACAUACAGUAAUUGUCUUUCAACCACAUUUGUACUAAGAGUUACAAAGUUUGCUAACUCAGCUGACCACUAGAGGGGGCAAGAUUCAACUGAAACUUUAUCAUUUCUCACUAGUGUUGUCUGGAAGACCCACCACAGAAGGGUGACAAAUUAAACCCACUAUAAAGUGUCUCACUGAGGUGUUGAGCCACCACAUGCCACUAGAGCAGCUUCAGUAAACCUCGGUACUGAUUCUACAAGUCUCUGGUGGAGCAUACUGUCUAACAUGUUGCUCAGUGUUCAACUGGGUUGAAAUCUGCUAACUGUGAAGGCCAUAGCAUAUGAUUCACAUCAUUUUCAUAUUCAUCAAGCCAUUCAGUGACCCCUCGUGUCCUGUGGAUGAGGGCACUGUCAUCUAGAAAAAGAUGUUUUUUUUCUUUACACAGAGAAUAGUGUCUUGUUAAUAAAAAAGGUUUGGGUAGCUUUUUGAAUAUAAAAUUUGCUAACUACUGUAGUAUUCAUUUUGUUUUUUUAUUAGCAUGCAUUCUGAAAAGAAGCACAACACACAUUUACUGUCUACUGAAUCACCUCUACAAUAUUUAUUCAUUUCAUAUCUUUUAUAAUCAUAAAUAAGUUGUAGAGCUACACACAGCAAAUAAUAUGCAUUUGCUUAUAUAAAUUAGGUUAUUUUACAUAUUUCGAUAUCCAAGAUGACUAUAUAGUACAUGUGGAAACGAAACAAAAUGUUUACAAUAAAACUAUUUAUAUCAGUGUAAUAUACACUAAUGAACAAACUUCCAGCCGUGUUACUGGAAUCCUUGGCAUUCUGAAAUUCACUCCAUUUAAGUUCCAGGUCACACGUUACCUAAGUCUUCUGUCAUUCUGGAGCUGAUGCUUUGUUUCCUGUGGGAGACAUCAACAUUACUAAUGUAUUACAUUACAAACAGUGGUACUUGCUUUUUACAUGACUGUUUCCAUUUUCUCCUACUUUAUACUUGUAUAUUACCAAGAGAUUUUGUAUGCUAAACAUAAAGUUGUAAAUGUGAUGCAUUGUAAUGGAUUAAACAAUCAAACAGUGUA